ACAUAAAAUUGCAGCAAAAAUUAAAUAGUAAAAACAGCAGCAAAAUAAAGAUCGACGACGACGGAAAGAAGGCGAUACCGCGCCCUAAAAUGUCGGAAUCGCCCAACUCCGGCGACUCAGCUGGCGCCCCUACCAAUUCCAAACCCAAAAUACCAAACACGGACGAUGGCAGUGGCGCCAACAAGGGAAGAUCCUGCAAAGGCUGCCUCUAUUAUUCUUCUCAAUUUAAAUCCGACUCCAGGAAUCCUCUCUGCCUUGGCCUCUCCCGUUCCCUCCCUAAUGCUCCUCGGUAUAUUGUUGGGACAUCUGAGAUGGAAGCAUCUAAAGAUGGUAUGAUCCUCAGGGAUUUUAAAUACGGCUGCGUUGGUUAUUCUAUUUACGCCGACCAAAAGAACCGAGCAUCUGAUCCACAGCAGUCUGAACCGGAAUUGCCAGUCUGUAUGGGAAUUGAGGUACUGGUGGAUAGGAAAAUCAAAGAAUCUUUGGCUGAUGGAAACAAAUCACCAGUACCACAGCAUCGGUUGCCUCAACCAGCUAAUGUUAGUCGCGAUGAGUUUCUAAGCAGGUUUACUCGAAAUGCAAACCUGAUUGCAAAUGGGGUAGCAAAGAACAUCCGUAGAGUAGGGAACCAGAUAAAACAAAGCAUCGAUGAUAUUAUGUACCCCUACAGAAAAAGACCAAAGUAAGCGGAGAUGUCCGUCCAUACAGUCUGGGAAAAUGAAAUGGGAGCAGGAACAACGCCUCGAGCAAUAACGUACACCUGCUGUCUCUGUUCACCCCGUUCAGAUUCCUUUGAGGGCAAGAGACGAUAUCUGCACGACUUCCAGUCAUAUACUCCAGUUUGCUACUUAUCUGUUGCUAUGUUCAAUCUGAGUAUUGGAGUAGCUAUUUGUAGGGUGCGUUUUUAAAAUCUAUUUUGGCACUCGAAAUUAGUCUAUAAUUCUUACAAUAAAAUCAACUGCAGAAUAUGUUAAAUUAGCAUUUGUGAUAUAUGAAGCGUGCUUCAUUGCACAAGGCUCUCUAAGGUAGUGGGUUUAAGCCUCAAGAAGGUGAUAUCUAAAUAAAGUCUAAUGAUAUCUAAAUUUUCCUA